UGAUGAUUGCUUGGAUGCUCCCUGCUUGAAUGGCGCCAUCUGUAAUGAUGCUGAAUUUUCUUAUUCCUGUCAGUGUGCCCCUGGCUAUGAAGGCGACAAUUGUGAAACAAAUAUAAAUGAAUGUUCGUCAAAUCCUUGUCAAAAUGGAGCUGGCUGUGUGGAUGGGCUUGCUAUGUAUAGCUGCACCUGUACUCCUGGCUGGACCGGAAUAAACUGCAACAUAGAUAUUAAUGAGUGCAGUAGCAGUCCGUGUUUAAAUGGUGCAACCUGUAACAAUCUGCAGAACAUGUUUACUUGUACUUGCCUUGCGGGAUACACCGGAAGGCUUUGUGAGACAAAUAUUGACGAGUGUCAAAGCCAGCCAUGUCAAAAUAACGGUGCAUGUACCGACAGCAUUAACCAGUACACAUGCUCUUGCGUGGGUGGCUGGACUGGGGAUGUAUGUAAUGUUGAUUACAAUGAGUGCUCCAGUAUCCCAUGUCAAAAUGGCGCGCCGUGCGCCAAUGGAGUUAAUCGCUAUGAUUGUACCUGCCUGCCAGGUUAUAACGGAAUCAACUGUGAAAAUAACAUCAAUGAGUGUUUGAGUAACCCAUGUCAGAAUUUAGCUGUUUGUAUCGACAACGUUAACAGGUACGAAUGCGACUGUACUGCAGGUUGGACUGGUGCUAACUGUGAAAUUGAUAUUAAUGAAUGUGCGAGCAACCCAUGUGUGAAUGGCGUGUGUAACAACAACCUGAAUUUCUUUAGCUGCACAUGUGACGGCGGAUGGCAGGGCAAUCGAUGCGAUGUAGAUUAUGAUGAGUGUACAAGUAAUCCAUGCUACAACGGUGCUGUCUGUCAGAAUCUUGAAAAUUUGUACACAUGCACAUGUAGUGCAGGCUGGGAAGGAACCAGAUGUGAACAGGAUAUUGAUGAGUGUGCAUCGUCUCCAUGUCUGAACAAUGCGGUGUGUAUUAAUGGAGCUAACAUGUACUCAUGCAACUGCCAGCCAGGCUGGGAGGGAACAAACUGUGCAACAGAUACAAACGAGUGUGCCAGCAAUCCAUGUCAGAAUGGCGGUGCAUGUGUUGACGGAACAAAUCGUUUUGACUGCACGUGUGUACAGGGAUGGUCAGGCACUUUAUGCGAGCAAGAGGAUGAUGAGUGCCUCAGUGGUCCUUGUCAGAAUGGUGGUAUCUGUUUUAAUGAAGUUAGUAUGUUCAGGUGUGGAUGUUUACCUGGCUACAUUGGUGAGCGUUGUGGAACAGAGAUCAAUGAAUGUGUAAGCAACCCGUGUGUUAAUGGUAAUUGCAGCGACAAUGUCAAUGGUUACACAUGUGUCUGCUCCGCAGGAUUCAUUGGUUUUCAGUGUGAUACAGAGAUUAAUGAAUGUAACAGUAACCCCUGCUUCAAUGGUGGACUAUGCCAAGAUGAGAUCAAUGGGUACUCUUGUUCCUGUUUCAAUGGCUACACUGGCCCUAACUGCCUCAAUGAUGUUAAUGAGUGUAGCAGCGGACCCUGUAUGAAUGGCGGUAUUUGCUUGAAUCUUCCAAACCAGUUCCAAUGUGCCUGUCCCUCAGGCUACGAGGGCCUGCUAUGUCAAACAGAAAUUGAUGAGUGCGCCAGCAACCCGUGCGAAAAUGGAGGGUUUUGCGUGGAUGGUGGUAACCGUUACAUAUGUACUUGUAUCAACGGCUGGACUGGUACCAACUGUGACAUAGAUGUUGAUGAGUGUGCAAGCAAUCCGUGUAUGAAUGAAGGUUUCUGCGUGGAUGGAACCAAUGAGUACACCUGUACUUGUCUACCUGGGUAUACAGGGAGUCGUUGUGGAACAGAUAUAAAUGAAUGUGGUUCAAGUCCGUGCCAGAAUGGCGCGCAGUGUACUGACCAGAUUAACAUGUUUGAGUGCAGUUGUACUAGUGGAUGGAGGGGUGUCUAUUGCAACAUUGACGUAAAUGAAUGCAUAAGCAAUCCGUGUGCAAAUGGAGCGGCGUGUAACAAUCUUCAGAACCGAUACACAUGCACCUGCGCGGCAGGAUUCUCAGGCACACAGUGCUUAGACGAUCUGGAUGAAUGUGCAAGUUUCCCGUGUCAGCAUGGUGCCACCUGCAUCAAUGGUGCUAAUCGCUACACCUGCUAUUGUCCACCUGGUUGGCAAGGUGUCAACUGUGAUAUUGACAUUGAUGAGUGUGCCAGUAAUCCAUGCCAGAACAGUGCCGCUUGUAACAAUGGUCAGAACCAGUACGGAUGCACAUGCCAAGCAGGAUGGCAGGGAACUAACUGCGAAAUAGAUAUAAAUGAGUGUACCAGUAAUCCUUGCUUUAAUGGUGCCAUUUGCCAAAACUUGGAAAACAGCUAUACCUGCGUAUGCCAGGCUGGCUGGAAUGGAACACAUUGCGAUGAAGACAUCAACGAAUGCAAUAGUAAUCCAUGUCAAAAUGGCGGUGUGUGCUAUAAUUUCCAGAAUGCUUACACAUGCUUUUGCACAAAUGGGUAUUCAGGCAUUAAUUGCCAAGUUAAUACAAAUGAAUGUAAUAGUUUCCCUUGUCAGAAUGGGGGUGAGUGUAUUGAUGACAUAAAUAUGUACACUUGUGUAUGCCGACCAGGAUAUGGAGGUACCACUUGCAGCAUAGCUAUCAACGAAUGUGAGAGUAACCCAUGCAUUAAUGGCGGUACUUGUUCAAAUCUGGUCAACCAAUAUGAAUGCCUAUGUCAGUCAGGCUGGACAGGGACCACAUGCCAAACUGAUAUCGAUGAAUGUGCAUCAAAUCCUUGUGUUAAUAACGGAACAUGUAUAAACAGCGCCAACCAGUAUAUUUGUGAGUGUCCACCUGGUUAUCAGGGACAGAAUUGUGAUACAGAAACUAAUGAAUGUGGCAGUAAUCCUUGUCGGAAUGGGGGUGAAUGUACCGAUAGUCUUGACUUCUACAGUUGUGUAUGUAUUGUGGGAUACACUGGUUAUAACUGUGAAACAGAUAUUAACGAAUGUGCUAGUAGUCCGUGUCUCGGUACCGCCUCCUGCCUUAACCUUCUCAACAGCUACCGUUGCAACUGCCCGUCAGGAUGGACUGGCACUAACUGCGACCAGGAUGUUGAUGAGUGCGCACUCGCCCCAUGUCAGAAUGGCGGCAUAUGCGCCAAUGGUCAGAACCAGUACACCUGUAAUUGUAUUAAUGGCUGGACUGGUACCAAUUGUAAUCAGGAUAUUAAUGAAUGCGCUAGCAAUCCAUGCUUUAAUGGCGCCACCUGUGACAAUGGCCGUGACUUCUACCGUUGCAAUUGCCUACCGGGAUUUCAAGGUGUACACUGUGAACUUGAUGUCGAUGAGUGUAACAGCCAACCGUGUCAAAAUGGUGGAAUAUGUUUGAAUGAACCAGGACAGUACACUUGUAAUUGUCCCAUUGGAUGGGAGGGACCGUUUUGCACUGCAGACACCAACGAGUGUGCAAGCAAUCCCUGCUUGAAUGGUGGGUAUUGUCGCGACUCCUUCACUCAAUUUAUUUGUGAUUGUACUCCAGGUUUCUCCGGAACACGAUGUGAAUUAGAUUUGAAUGAGUGCGAAAGUUCACCUUGCCAAAACAAUGGUAUCUGUCUAAAUGGUGCAAAUCGCUUCGACUGCCAGUGCCAGCCAGGUUUUGGGGGCGUAUUUUGUGAAUUUGACCUUGAUGAAUGUGUACCCAAUCCGUGUCGCAAUGGUGGUAUUUGCAUGGACUAUGUAGGCUCCUAUACCUGUACAUGUUCCGAGGGAUUCUACGGAGCCAACUGUGACAAUAAUCAAGAUGAUUGUCUUAGCGCCCCCUGCCAGAAUGGAGGCGUUUGCCAGGACCAAGUCAACAGUUACCUCUGUAGCUGCGCUCCUGGUUUUACUGGAACAAACUGCGACCAAGACUAUAAUGAAUGCUCCAGCUUCCCGUGCCAAAAUGGUGGCGUCUGUACCGAUGCGAUUAAUGGGUUCUUUUGCACCUGCCAGCCAGGAUAUAGCGGCACACGAUGCGGUGAAGAUAUAGAUGAGUGUGCCAACCAGCCAUGUCGUAAUGGGGCUUUUUGUAUUCAGAGUAUUAACGACUACAGUUGUGUAUGCGUCAAUGGAUGGAAUGGCGAAAACUGUGAAAAUGACAUUAAUGAAUGUGCAAGCAAUCCGUGUCAGAAUGGUGGUGCGUGUGUCAAUGGUGCGAACAUGUUCACCUGUAGUUGUGUUACUGGAUUUUCUGGAACCCUCUGUGAAUCAGAUGUAAAUGACUGUAACCCGAAUCCAUGCCAGAACAGUGGUGUCUGUUUUGAUGAGACUAAUAGUUAUCGAUGCCAAUGUCCCGUUGGGUUUACAGGCACCCAUUGUGAACUGACUCUUGGAUGUAAUCAAGAAUACCAAAUACCAAGUUGCGAUAAGGUCACCAUUACAUCCCCGAAUUAUCCCGCCCCCUACGCCAACAACGCAAACUGUCUUUGGACUUUCACUGCAACGUCCAACACUCAGAUCCGUGUCGUUUUUUCAACAUUUGAUGUUGAGGACGAACAUGAUUUUGUGAAAGUUGGAAACACAGUCACACCAUUAUCAACAAACGAGAUUGUUACGUUAAGCGGGGACACGGUUCCACCGUCGUUUGUAAGCAGUGGCAACCAGCUGUGGAUGACGUUUGUGACGGAUUCCAAUAAAGUGGAGAAUGGUUUCUAUGUUGAGAUACAGGAUACAUGCUAUGUGGAGAAUCCCUGCAGUAACAUGCCAUGCUUGAAUGGUGGUACGUGCCUCACCCUGACCCCAACGACCUUUUCAUGUACCUGUGUCACUGGCUAUUCUGGAGAAUUCUGCCAAAUUGCACCAUUACCAUGCGCCUCUGCUCCAUGUCAGAACGGUGGGCAGUGCACAGACAGUGGUGGCUCACUGCUCUGUUCUUGUCCAAUAGGAUUCAGUGGUUCUUUCUGUGAAUCCACAUCUUCUCCAUGUGAUGAUAAUCCAUGCCUAAAUGGUGGAUUUUGCCAAGUAUCUGGAAAUUCCUACAUAUGCUCUUGUUCUGGAGAUUUUACUGGAGAUAACUGCGAGAUACCAGCUGUUGCUGUGUGUGAUAGUGCACCCUGUUUGAAUGGGGGGACAUGCACGCUUUCCGGAACAGCAUUUAUGUGUCAGUGUACCACAGGGUACUCUGGGACUACGUGUAGCAUACAAGCUGAUUUGUGUAAUCCUGACCCUUGCCAAAAUGGAGGUUACUGUAAUGAUAAUGGAGAUGACACGUACUCCUGCACAUGCCCAGCUGCCUACAGUGGCAAAAAUUGUGAGACCUUUGGAUGCACUGGCAACCCUUGUAUGAACGGAGGAACUUGUAGCGAUGCAGGUGGUGUCAUUACGUGUUCUUGUGCAAGUGGCUGGGCCGGAGACUUUUGUUCAGAUGACGUUAAUGAGUGCCUGACUUCGCCUUGUUUAAAUGGAGGCAUCUGCUCGAAUCAAGAUGGUAGCUACCUUUGUGAUUGCAGUAAUAUUCCAUAUGAUGGUGUCAACUGCGAAAUUGGCUUAUGUACACUGCAACCUUGCCAAAACAUGGGCACAUGCUACUCUUCUGCCUCAGGUAACUCCUACCUUUGCGAGUGUAUCACUGGUUAUUCUGGUACAAAUUGUGAGGUUCCUCCAGGAUGCACUGAAAAUCCUUGUUUGAAUGGUGGCACGUGCACCUCCAAUGAAGUCUGUAAUUGUACUCCAGCCUGGCAAGGCGCUACAUGUGCCGAGGAUGUCAAUGAAUGCAUCGAUAAACCUUGUCUCAAUGAUGGAGUCUGUAGCAACACUAUUGGGGCGUAUGAAUGCAGCUGCAGUGCUGAAUACCAAGGGCAGAAUUGCGGACAAGCUGCAAGUACGAGUAACAGUACUCUUGAUGAUACUGACAUCAUCAUCAUUGUCGGAGCCAUUCUUGGAUUUAUUGUCCUGCUAGUGGUAGCAGUAACCCUCUAUUAUUGCCUCUCACCAAAGGACAGAAGACUUGGCUAUGCAAUGAGCGAAGAGGAGGCAUCUCGCCUCCAUGCAGAAGAUGAUGUGAUGAGCCGAUCCGGAAUUCCUUCUCCACCCUCGAAGACUCGGAGUAGCGCUGAGAACGAGUACGGUUUUAUUCCGCCAAAUAGUGGUAGCAGGUCAACUAUUGCAGAAAUUAACAGCUAUGAAAACCCAUGGCCAGUCAGUACCGAGGAGUUUGAGCCGCCAAGAACAACAUUAUAGCCAAAUAUUAUCGCCUGAAUAUUUUUUCUACAUUUAAAACUUAUUAUUAACAAAUUGUGUACAUAAAAUGUUAAAGUUUAAACUUUCUUGUAAAAUGUCCAUGUAAUAUUCAAUUAAAGACUGUUACAAAAUAUAUGUUGUUUUCUUUGAAGAACUGAUAAUUAUUUUCAUAUUGUUAAGUGUGAAAUCAAAAUAACUGGUGUUUUUACAGUGUUUCGAAAUUUGGGUUCAAUACCAUUUUGUUUAUUGAUUAUUUUCAAAUACCUAAGAUUGUAUUGUACUGUAAGAGUUUAGGGAGCAUUCGAUUUGCACGACAACAGAGGACGUAGAACGUAAUGACGUCACUAAAAGUCAUCUGCGCAUGCGAGAACGUUAAGUUCGCCUUGCCGAGUAGAUUCUGGAAUGCAAUUUGGCCAAAUCUAUGUAUGCAGAGAACGUAGGACACCAGGUAGGAUGGUCACGCAUGAGUGAUUCUGUUCUAGCGUCGCGUCGUUGCGCAAAACGAAAGCUUCCUAUUCAGAUUUUUUCUAUGUGAAACAGUUCAAUGGACAUUUCCAAGGCCAAUCAAACUUAACUGACUAAUCAGAAAGUCUCAUUUAAUAGGUAGCACCAGAAACACACCUUCAUGACUGUGCGUUACAGUUGCUGUAUCCUAGCAACGAUUAAUAACCAAGAGGCUAGGCUUAGCUGAAUGGUCCAUUGUUACAUAUUUCAUUGGUGAUGGAUCUGGAAUCCUUGUUGUAUUUCUUAUAAACUGUAAAUAUAUGAACGAGUGUAAAUUCUAUGUUUCUUUUAUAUACAAUACAAUUUAGAUAUAAGCAAAUAUAUACAGUAAGUACUAAAGCCUGUUUUAAUCAUUUAAAAAGUAGAAUUUUUGGUUAUUUAAAGAGGCAUAAAGAAAAAAUACAUUUUUGUGGAAAAUUUAACAAACGU